CUAGUUAAAAAGCUUGUGGCAAGUUAAAGCUUCAACAUAACGCUUAUAUCUUAUUUGACUGUCGUGCAUACAACAACGCUUGGUCGGACGCUAUAUCGUGCGUGUCGGUUUUCUGUGUGUUUUCAAGCGGGGCAUAUACAUACAUACACAGUUGUUCUCAGAGUCGAUGCGCCAUCGUCAAAGCUGGCAAAAGAAAAAUAUAAAUUAACAAUCGAUAAAGCACCAAAGGCAGCAUACAAAACCUGACGGACACACCCCCGCGCCGGAGUCGCAACUGCAGCCAACCCCCACAAGCAAACGCAAAUCUGUGCAACGGUUACGCCAACGCAGCAGCCGUGCAAUUGGAAUCUGAUUGGAACGCUGACGCGUCGGCUGAUUACUAUAACUAUAUAUAAAAUAAAAUCAACGUUUUCUGCAGUUUCUUAUUGUUGUGUUGUUCUAUACGUUCAUCAGCACCAGCAGCCGCAGCAAUUAUGGUGGAUUUCCGUUUCGACAUCAAACCGCUGUUUCCGCAGCCAAUUAUCAAAGUGACAUCCAAUCUAUUGCCGCACACCUUUCGGGGUGAUCGGCGUCAGUGCUUAGAUGCCACCUCAAAGAUGUCCGAGAUAAUUGAUCGCCUGGGUCAGCUGUCGGCCACAUCACAAGGCCUGAACAAACCGGUGACCACGGCUCAGCGCCUGCGCAUGUCGGAGAACCAGACCAUCUAUCUGCUGGCGGAUCCUGAGGCGGGCAACAACGGCUGUGUCAUUGGCCUGCUUAAGGUCGGCACCAAAGAUCUCUAUUUGUUCGAUGAGAAGGGCCAGACCCGCAAAAUGGAGCAGUCGCCCUCAAUUUUGGACUUUUACGUGCACGAGACACGUCAGCGCGCUGGACUAGGCAAGCGUUUGUUCGAAACCAUGUUGAGUGAGGAGCAAUGGACACCACCUAAGUGUUCCGUGGAUCGGCCAUCCGAGAAGCUGCUGGCCUUUCUGGGCAAGCACUAUGGCCUGGUGCGCACCAUACCCCAGGCCAAUAACUUUGUGCUCUACGAGGGCUUCUUCAACGAUGCGGCCUCCCAGAAUGGCUCCAGAAAUGGUCAUGCCGAUUCACCACAGCGCACCAAGAAUGGCCUCCACAUAACAAACAGUCCUAACACACAACUCUUUGGUGCCACCUAUUUGGGCGACGAGGCUGACCACCAAAAGCGCUUCGGUCGACGCAACAGCAACUUGCAGCAGCAGCACCAACAUCUGCAGCAGCCGUCGCUGCUGCAGCAAAUAACACAGAUCUCACCAAAUGGACGGUAUGGUGCACCGCGUCCCACAUGCAGCAUGGCCGAGAUAAUUCACUCGGGCAGCGGCAGUUCCAGCAAGGGCGGCGGCGGAGGCAGCUCAGAGUCUAACAGAGGCAGCGACAUUGCCCAACUUACCGCACAAUUCCAGAAUUUGCAGGCGGUUGGUGAUGCUAUCGAGCUGUAUCACUUGGAGCUAGAGCGUGAACCGGAACCGGAACCGGAACCAGAGCCUGUAACCGAGGAGGUGAUCACUCCAGCAUCGCCGCCGCCCAAGAGUUACACUCCAACUCCGCCAAUGGUGCGUUCGCCGGAAGUGGUUGAGAGCAUUAUUGGCGAGAAUCGUAAGCCGCCGGCUUUUCAGCUGAGCAAGCAGCACACUGGCAUGAAGAAUCGCUCCUCUGGCGUGGGCAUGGCCGUUAUGCCUAGCGACAAGAUGGAGUUCAAUCAGCCGGAGCGCGAGGAUUUCGGCGUCGUUAAGAUCAACCGUCCGUUGGGCAAUGAGAUCACCUCGCCCGGUCAGGACAACACAGAUGCCAUGUCCAUUGUGUCGUCAACGGCCGGCCUGACCGAUCAGGGCUUUAACGAUCUAAAAUUCUAUCACAAUAAGUUGUGGUAAAGCCAUACAAGAGAUAUCAGCAUAUUUGCGAGCAAUAGUUGCUAAUGUGUUUACAUUUUUUGUACGUGUCAUAAACAUAAAAUAUGCAUAACAAUUAAUAUGAAAUUAGCAUUUAAGAUAUACUUAUUAACAAACUAGAGAAAAACACAACGGUUCCUGUUUGCUUUAGUUCACUUUUGUUGUUCGCUUUGUAGUUUUCUGUUAUGUUAAUUAGUUCAUUUGUUACACCCACGCACUUGAAAGCGCAGUUGAAUGUUAACAGCAACAUUAACAGUCUGUAGUUCAAUGCAGUUAACAGCAGUCAAGCAAAAUGAAAAAAAAAAAAAAUAUUAGCGAAUAGAAUAUUAAUGAUAUUCAACAACUGUGCGUAUCUUCCAUUGCAGCAAACGCGAUUAUUACGAACAGAUAUAUAGCGAAUAUAUGCUAUAAGUGGCCCACAUACCUAAUAUACCAAUUUCUCGAACCAAAUCUCAUGUAUUCUGUAAUAUUUAGUUAAGCA